UCGCCUUGAAAGAAUUUGUUACGCCCCGAUUGCUACAUUUCUGGGUGCACCACUGGUCGCACAUAGGAGUACACGGACCAGGAAAUGCACAGCAGCAAACGGAUUCAAGAUACGCGCAAGUGCAUAGGCGGUCGAACACGCGUCGACGCGGAUCCAACCCUCUACAGAGUAUAGAAAUGAUAGAGAGAGGCCGAUAGAUGAGGGUGUAUCGAGGUAGCCGAAGGUGGUGGCUCGGUAGUCGACUCUAGACAGCCGGUAGUUGCGGUCAACUGCGGUGAAUCUAGUACAUUAAAAAAUUACGGAUAAUUGCGGUCGGUUGCAAAAGAUCGUGUAGCGAGCUCCUCUCAGCAAUGGAGUUGCGCGAAGUGAAUCGCAUAUUCGACAAUGCGGAAGAGACCACGGAACUUCUACCGCCGUCCCAUCGCGAUAACGCGGAAGUGGAAAGUUACUUCAUCGAGUAUGCUAUUCAGAAGGAAAUGAUAAAUCGUAAUCGAUGCCCCGCCAGUCGUCGUUUGCUUAGCCAAACCGCGCACUUGGCGGAUUUCAAUCUUGCCAAUGGUAAUAAUCAAAAGGAUUCGCCAUGCGUUGGUAUCAGUAUGAUACAUACUUCGAACGCAAAUUGGCCUCCUUCUAGAAAGAGAGAAGAGGCGAAAGCAUUGGAAAACCUUCGAAAAAGAGUGGAACAAUCGAAAUUGUAUAAAGCGAAUCGAAUUUCAGAUACCUGCGGAUCGACCUCUGCCUCUAUGGUCUUGAAUAACGAUCGAGCCGAGCGGCUCGAUAAUCGGCCGAAGCUCUUAAAAAAGAUCCUGAGUAACAGACCGAUGAGUAUCGCGCAUGACAGUAACGAUCUGGAGACUGACUGGCGGGACAGCGAAUUUAUUACCGAAUGUUUGUGCUGGCAUAAUGUGUAUCGACAGAGGCACAACGCGCCCCCGUUAACAAUGUCCCCGCAAUUAUGCGAGUAUGCACAAACAUGGGCCAAUCACUUAGCGCAUACGAACACAUUCUACUACAGAAACGAUCGAGAAGUAGGGCAAAAUCUUUAUUGUCGGCCCGGAGGUGCAGUUCCUACCGAUGUAACUGGACAAGACGUCGCGUCGUAUUGGUAUUCGGCGGUGAAACAGUACGAUUUUUUAAAAGAACCGGAUAUCCUUCAUGCCAACGUGAACGCAGGUCACUUCACGCAACUAAUUUGGGCGAGCAGUCGUUACUUCGGGGUUGGAAAAGCUCGCAGCAGAAGCGGAAAAAUAAUCGUGGUGGCCAAUUAUCGGCCGGUAGGUAAUAUAUCUGGACAUUUUCAGAGUAACGUGUUACCACCCUUGCCGGAAAAUCUGAAUAUGACUUUGUCGCCGCCGUCUCAGUCGUCUCAGAAAAUCUUCCGCGACAAUUACGUUGCGUCUGACUCGCCGCCGCCAGCGUCGCCCUCCGCGCCGCUUUCGGAUACCGCAUCGACGGACAGCGAUCGUUCUUCCAUCGGUUCCGCGCAAUAAUACAGACGACCGAAUUGCCUCUUCUGCGUUUGCACGCGCGGAUGGGACGGACGUUGAUCGAUAUCAAUCAGUACGUUUGCACCGUUCAAAUUUAUUCUAAAGUUCGAACGUCGACGUCCCUUUAAGAACGUUCACUCUUGCCCUGUAAAAGAAACUGAUCGGUUACGCGAACCGAGUUGAGAGCUUUGAAUCGAAACAUCUCGAGAACAAUCAUUUUUAACGAAAUUGUUAAACGCGACAGUUUUAAGGGGGAACUAUACCAAAGUUAAACCAAAGUUGAACUCUUUCAAAGUUAUUCGAGCUUGAACGUUUUAACUUUGGCGUAAAUUCGGGCCGUGCGAACGUAGUCAAUAUUACCGUCUUCCUCGCAUCCAGCCACCUGUUUUUCAUCCCGAAUUUCCUCACCUUCUCUCUACCCCCACCUUUCCUUGUGCGUACAUUAACAUAUUCGAAACCGAUGACUUACUCUAUAAAUGGUGCAACAUCAUGCACGAUUAGCCGAUGACGCAUCACGUUAGUCAGAUAAGCGAGUAUGUCGGUUUUGAAUGUGUUGAUCGAGAAUACGUAAACUUCACUGAAUAUGGCUACGAAAACCAGGCCUAAGGGGGGAAUCUAAUUUUCGUGAGGAUUCGAAGAACUGAGAGAAAGAAAUACGCUUACAAAGUAUACAUAAAUACAUAUACAUAAAUAUAAAUAUAUACGGGUGAAUAAGUAUAUAUAAUCGUUUCUUCGUAUAUAUGUAUAUUUAUUACUUGUUUAAUCGAGCGACGUGAGAACGUGGGAAAGGAAGAGAGAGAACCUUGAAAAUCUCGAUUUAAAACUCGCGUGCAAAUAUCGUAGAGCAGGCAUUAUGCGUUGCGUGGGUCCUAAUACUUUUUUAUCGAUAAUUCUCACGCGUAACGCGCGUAUUCUAAAAGACCUCGAUUCGUGACAAAUAAAGUGUGAUAAAAAUCGCUAAGAACGAUUAACGCGGACGUUACAGUUUUACACACGUUGUGUACGAACCGCGAAAAGUUCAGAAUGUGUUGUAAGUCGCGCAAGCAAUGAACGAAAAUGUUUUCCUUGACCAACGACGAAUGCAGUCGUCGAGGAAAGAAAUCAGAAAUCUUUGUACUUGCGUGUAUUAUUCGCUUUUAAUGAUUUGUGUAAGGACGGGAGAUUAAAAGACCAGUCCUGGAUCGAGGGGAAUGCGGACAGUGUCGAGUAAUGUUUGCUUAAUCACAAGCCUUCGGAGUUGACUGAAACAUCUGACCCAAUUCGUCUCGCAAUUCCUUUCAUGACUAACUUUUCAAUCUCCCGUCUAUACGUAGUAGUGAACUGCGUGUCGAAAAGAGUACAAACUGCAUGCAGUAAUAGUCAAGUUCCAUGUAAUACUGCAUACACGCGAGUAGUCUUCUCUCGAAGCAAAAAUGUUUUAUUCAGGCAUCGAUCUUUUCCCGUCACAGUAAUAUUAUGCAAUUGUAUGUUUGUAUACGCGUGUUGCAGUGCUCUAAAAAUUCCUGAUACUUUUAUACGCCUUUGCGUUUUUGGAGCUUUCACUUUCAAACACAUAUCGUGCGUUUGAAUAAACGUUAGUGUUGCUGUUUCGGGCAAAGAUCGAUCAAUCUUUUCGUUGAAAAAAUCAGUAUAUUGCUUUGAAACCUCGAAUAGAACGGGCGCUGGAAAGAGAUCACAAAUAUUUUCGUACGAUCCAGCUGUUUGAUCCGAUGUUUUAAUAAUGCCCAGAUUUGGCUACUGAUAGUUAGUCAGGUUUUCCAAAUGCGUCGGUGAAUACAAUUUGUCAAAGUACUUCCACUCUUUCCACGUCCGGCGUGAAACGUCGUUUGCUACGUUUUAUGCUUAAAUAGUGUUAACACAAAUACGUAACGAACCGCUCAAAAUUUGAUACAAUUUAUCGCGAGAAUGUUUGUUUUCUUGCUUCGUAGUUUAAAAGUAACGCAAAUAAGGUCGUCAUUAUUUGUCGCGCUUCUACGAUGAAAUUAACGUCGACGUCUCAUCCUUUCAAGAUGAGAUCAACUCGAUCGCGAUCGAAUUUGGUGAUUCGAAUACGAAGAACGGUAUGCUAUCUUACGAGAUGGGUAAAAGAUAGGCUUUAAGAACUUCCAAUCGAACGGCUUAACGAGUAUACUAACAACGAGUGCAAUCAAACGAAAAUAAGUAAAAUGGUCGCUAGGCGAGUCUAGCGUCUUCCGAUCGUUGUACCUCUAAAUAUACUGCCAGUAAUCGGAUUUUGGUGAGCGGACAUUCGUCCGUCGGUCAGAGAUUCUCUACUUGUUGUUGGUUGUAUUGUUCUUUUACAUGUAAUUAUAUAGGUGUAUGUUCUGUAAGUCUUCCGAACUCCGAUACGAUUCCAUAAUCGCAAAGA